CAAAUGGGAUUAAACAUCCUUAGCCGCCGGCAGUGGUGCCUUUGCCUGCUGAUCAUCAUGUCGUCACUUUGCAGUGCCAUUUCAGUGACCUCAGGCACCUCGGGCAGCAGUCGUCGUCGCUUGGGGGGAUCAGGAGCAGGUCCCUCCUCUCUGGAGGACACUGGUGAAAAGACGAUUCCCGAUCAGCUGGCUUUGGCAGCCAGUCGUCGAGGAUCAGAUGAACGUGGUUACCCUAUGCGAGGAUCAAUGAUCUACAGCAGAUCAAAAGAUGCGCCCAGCAAAGACUACAGGUAUGGUCAGAUGGAACUUAAUCUAGUGCGUCCAGAGCAGGAAUCGCAGCCUAAACUCAUCCUGAGCACCACUACCGCAGCAUCGGGGUCCGCAGCCUCCGUUAACUUGGAGGAUUCCCAGUCGGCAGCUGAAUACGUGGCCAAUGCCAUUAAAUUGGCUUAUAAACAGCCUCCGAUUCAGCUUAAGAGUCCGAUCCAGAACCAGAAUCAAGUCCAUAGCCAAAGUGAAAACCAGAAUCAGAACCUGAACAUUAACCACAUCCAGUCAAAGAAGGAUUUUCAAUCAUCUACUCAGAGGAUCCACCAAGAACAAGGCAGGGAUGCAGAAGUGCAUGCGCAACAUAAACAGAGACAGCAGACAUUGAUCGUGGCUUCGGGAACCUCUAGUCCAUCCUCCUCGGAAUCGUCGUUGCCAGCGUCACCCGCCUUAGCUCCUGCUCCUGCUCCUGUCUACGAAAAGGAUCCAGUGACCCGGAGCUAUGAACUCUAUGAACCCUCUACCGAAAAGGAAUUUCACGUUCAGGGACAUGAACAGGACAUCGAACGUCACUACCGGCCGAAAUAUAGCAACAACAACAACAACAACUAUAAAAGCUACGCCCCCUAUCAGCCACCGCAAAUAUAUAGAAACCUCGAGGCCGAGGCCGAGGAAAAGGUUAGGGUCUCAGCCUCAACCGAAAUCCCCAAAUCGGAGAUUAUGAAACAGAUUGAAAAGUCCGUAAUCAAGUACAUGAAGGAACUUGAGGCAGAGGGUAAGAUCCUAAGUACGCCCCAAGAACCGGUCACGCCCCCACCGCCACCACCGCUGUCUCCGAUCACCAAGACCUACUACAAGUCGCAGACAUAUUCGUCUGGUACUCAUUCCGGGUCUGGGUCUCUGCCGUCUUCACACUCGCAUUCGGAAGAGAAACGCUACAGCAGCAGCACAGUGCGGCCCAAGUAUACGGCACCACCGCCGACAAAGCAACAGCUCCACCACCAGCAGCAGGUGCACUACCCGCAGCACCACAAUCAUCAAACAACUGGCAAAUUAAGGAGCUCGGCGGUGGCAUUGGUCAACUCGAAACCCCUUCAACACUUUCAAUCCGAAACGGAAACGGCCUAUCAGGCCCCCGAUUUACCCGUUGACGAACUAAGUCCCAAUGUGGAGUUCAUAUACAAGAUUAAGACUCGGGCUCCCCUGCAAACGGCCACAGUUAAAACAGUCUCGAAACCGUAUACCCUGCCCCUAAAGAGUGCGGAGUACUUUGAUCAUGGUGCGGCCCUGAAAAAUAUAGAAGAAUUCGAUCUUUCCCACGCAGUACCGACACCAGAUCGGGUGGAAAGGGAACGAGAACGCGAAAGGGAAAGAGAGCGUGAUUCUCGAGAAGAUCAGGAAAGUAUCAUGAACUCGGGUAAGCCCCAAAAGUUGUACUUCAAUUCGGAAAUUUAUCACGACAUCAAUGCCCUGCCCUACAAGAGCAAGGAGGCUGCUCUGCAGGAAUACCGCCACAAGUACAAGGUAACUGGUUCACCCGGGGAACUGCAUCCAGAUUACAAGGGCUACUCCUCCGGAUACUUUGCCGAACCGGAAUCCGACGGGAUAAAUGAGUCAAAACUUAACGAAGAGGGCUACCCCUAUCAUUAUGUGCUCAAGAAGGAGACCCUUCCAGAUGACCAUGAUCCCUGGUUGGAGCAACAGCCACUACGCCUCGCCCAUGCCCACACGCACAGCCACGUCCAUCAGAUCGCCCAUGGCCACACCCAUUCCCACACAAGUAACAAGCAUCCGAGUCUUGAAUACGACAGCUACAGCCCAAAAUUCAAUAACAAUCCCGAGGGCUAUGGCUAUCAGCAUACUUAUAAGGUCAGAGGCCAGGCGGGAAGCGGCAAUCGCGCCCUCAGUUCAGGAGGCGUUGGUGUCUCAGGGGGCGACACGGGGUCGGGUGCCGGAAGUCGUGGAAAACGCGGGGGAGGUCCUCAUCCCAGACAAGAGGCGAUUAAAAAGCAAGUUCGGGUAUCGGAGGUUAAGGAUUUGGAAGCCAGCUUGGCCUUAAGGCCACCGCCCAAAUAG